AUGUCCAGGAGUUUAGUUGGAAGGGCCCUGAGGGCAAAGCCGUCGGUAUGGGAGCAACCGGCGGGCUGCAUCGCGCAGCAGCAACGGAGCUUCAGCCAAACACCAUCCCACCAAAAUAAUAACCAAGUCAUCUUUGACAAGACCUCAAACCCUGGCCUCGCUCCGAUCCUCGAAGAGAUCCAGUCCAACAUCAUCCUCCCCUUCCACCUCCCCAUCCACCAGCGCCAGCGUGUGUUCUCCCCGAAGAUGAAGAACUCCCUCCGCACCGACCCCGUCUACGUCGAGGUCGACGGCCACGAGCACAAGUUCACCCACAUCGACCAGGACGCCCUGCCGCCCUCACGCGAGAUCACCUGGAAGGCUCUGCGUGAAAUGCAGACCGCCGAGGACUGGAACAACUUUGGCCGCCUGCUAGCGGGCAUGCGCAUCGCGGGGCGCCGGUACAGCCAGGUCGACUUCGCCAAGAUGGUCCGCCUGGCGGGCUCCAAGGGGCAGAUCUUCACCAUCAUCGAGGCGGCGCGGCAGGUGCGCAAGACCGGCUUCAAGCUGGACACGUCGGAGAAGGUCAACGAGACGCUACACUACGUGCAGAUGCGCGCGGCCCAGAGCGGGUGGGACAAGGAGUUGACGGAGCAGAGCCUGCGGUGGGCGGAGAUGGUGAUUGAGAUGAUCGAGGACGACAAGCACAAGCUCAAGCACGACCCGACGGUCAAGCGCGGGCAGCAGGUUCGCUGGCCGCUGCACAAGGACCCCCAGGUUCUGGGCGCGGCGCUGCACCUGGCUGCCGUGCUGGCUGUGAAGCACAACGAGGGUAAGGACGUCGACGGCAAGGUUACGCGGUACGCGAAACAGGUUGUGGAGAGGUGGCCCGCGGACAAGGGCUUGAAGAAGUUGCACCCGAGGGAGGCCUACAAGAACUACCAGACCGGUGUCGCGUACCUGGCCUCGAGCAGGACGCAGUACUUGGCCACCGCCAGCCCUGUCCUGCACGGUCUGUUCCUCGCUGCCCGCGUGGUGGAUCAGCCUACGGCGGAGAAAUUGCAGGCAAUCGCUGCGACGCUCGGCGCCGAGGUGAAGCAGGCGGUCGACGGCGACAGCACUCCUGCCGAGCGCGGCUUGUCAACCUACAACACCCUCUUUGAGUCCAAGGCGUAG